AUGGCCAAGCGACACGCGGAGCCGCUAGUGUGUCACGUGCCCUGGAAGCGUUUCCUACCAGAACCGCCUCCGCUGCUCCGCGCGCCCGGGAGGCGCCCGCGGGACGGCCCCGAACUGUGGAGCCCUGUCCGCGCGGUACCCGGGGACCCUGACAAGAAGCGGAAACUGGAGGAGGCCGAGGCGCCUCCGGGGAAGCGGCCUGGACUCAAGGGCAACAGGCCCGGGGGGGAACCCGGAGACCCCGCCAGCCCGGGAGGGAGGAGGCAGCAGCAGCAGCGCGGGGGAGACGUAGGGCCCCGGGCGGAGCAGGCGAUGCGGGCAGGCGGCGUCGGCUUGGGGGCCCGAAGCCCGGAUCCUCGGGGGCAAGAGCGGGGAACCGAGGAGCAUGAGGAAGAAUUUUGGCAAUACAACUCAUUCCAGUACUGGAGAGCACCAUUACCUGCUAUUGAUCUGUCUGUCAUUCUGGACUUAGAUGGGGAGAACAUGACAGAUGCAAGAACUACUUCCAGGAUUGAAAUCAUAGAGACUGAAAUGGAGACCUGAGUAAUUAAUUCCUCGUAGCAAAUCUAUUUUGAGGAGGCUUGUCUCUGUUUGUGUUCAGGCUUUUCCUACUUUGGAACAAUAAGUAUAUUUCUGACAUUUUGAAAAAAAAGAAUGUUCUACUUUUGUCAAUCUGCACAAGUAAGGAUGGGUUUGUCUACAUUGAUUGAAGGGUCAUUGUUGGACACUUGCCAAUAAACUGGAAAGGUGAAUUUACCUAUACAAUGAAGAGAAGGCUACUGACACAGGACUGGCAGAAAUAUUUGAAAACAUGGAUGUGUAACAAUUUGUAGAAAAUCAGAAUUUAUUUCUGGACUUUCAUAGCCAGCAAAAUGAAUAGCUUGGAGCAUUACCGGUAGAAGACAAAUGCCAAAACAUUCCUCCUGCCCUGAACAGAAAGGAUGUAGUUAACAUACAUAAAAGUGAAAUUUUUAUACCAUGCACUUAUUUAAAAAACUACACCAAAACAACUACCUUUACAAUCUUUUCUGAUGUUUUUUGCUUUAGAUGUUGAACAAAAACAAACAAAAAUCAGAUUUCUAUGCAAACCAGAAAUGAUUAUGGUGGGAUAUUCUUUUCUGCUCAGAGCUGCCCUAAGUUACUUCACCUUCUCGGUAGUGAUAACUCGAAGCAGUGGGUGGCUUGUGGGUGUUUUGUUUUCUUUUUCACAUGCUCAAGUUAGUGCUAUUCCCAUUCUUUGUGUCAUUGGGUUUAGAGCAUUUGGUGGAGUUGAACUGCCUGAGAUGUACAAAGCUGACAAGAAGAGCAGUGUGAAAUGAUCAGGCACACUUUUUCAGGGUUGAGUGAUUUAGGUCCUGGGCCUGCAAAGACUUGAGCACGUACAUAACUUUUCACACCUAUGUAGUCCCAUUGAAUUAAUGUGCUGCUGCAGGAUUGGGACCUUAGAGCUCUAUUUUUUUUAUUUGAUAGACUUUUGUCGGUAAUAAUUGGCCGAAAUUAGAUGUCUUAUCAGUGAACUUUGAUUUCAUGUGAUUUGUCUCCAAGUAUGGUGGAAACGAGAUAUUUUUGUUGGUAUCCUAUCUGCUUUGAGAAGGUUUUUGGUGAAUUUUUUAAAAAUUUAUUUUGUUAAAAACAGAGUUUUCAAUGUAUAUUUGUGCAUUUUUGUACUAUAUUUAAAUUACCCAACUUUUCUUCUGUCUUCAGAAUGUUACUGACAUAAUUGUAAUUUGUUAUUGCUUGGAUAUGUUUGUUUACAGUACUAAGUUGGAUGGCCUACUUAGUAAACAUUUGGAAAAUC